ACUAUCAGCAGAGCGUACAUGAAUGGCAGCUCUGUCGAACAUGUCAUAGAGUUCGGGCUGGAUUACCCAGAAGGCAUGGCGGUUGACUGGAUGGGUCGUAACAUCUACUGGGCUGACACUGGCACUAACCGCAUCGAGGUGGCCCGGCUGGACGGACAGUAUCGGCAGGUUCUGGUCUGUAAGGACCUGGACAACCCGCGCUCGCUGGACAACCCUCGCUCCCUCGCCCUGGACCCAGCCAACGGCUCAUGUAUUGGACGGAGUGGGGGGGUCCGGCCUCGGAUAGCCCAGAGCCUACAUGGACGGCAGCAAGCACCAUCACAAUCUGGGGACAAAGUGGGGCGCGGCGCAACGGGCCUCACGCAUCGACCAUGUGGACCAUCGACUGUACUGACGACCUCGACCUCCCUGACACCAUGCAUGAUCGAAAGCCACCAACAUGCCAAGCGCGUGCCUGCUGUAAAAAAGGCGGUUGGCAAGGGCUUCCACUGCACUAACUCUGAGCCCUGGCUCCCGAGCAGCACGUUCUUCCCCGCUCCGCAGCAGAUUGAACACCCACCUCUCACCGCGCUUCUUCCCGAGGAAAACGAGGAACCGCCGGGGUUCUGCCCUUGGAGGAUUUCCUGCCGGGUGCUUUUUCCCGGCUGCGUUUUCACCGGGACCUUGGGCUCGAAACUCGGAACCCUGACUCCAGUGCGGUGUGGCGGUCUCGCCCUGGCCGUCCCACCAGUCACCCCUCCAGGCCACGCCUCCUUCAGCGGUCAUGUGAUCGGGGAGUCGGCCAUGAGGAGGACGCAGGAUGUCGGCAGUUUGCUGCUCUUCAGCCUCCAGGUGCAUGUUAUUGGGAAGCCACUCGGUCGCCUAGGCAACCUACAGGUGGAGUUUGAUUGGCCGAGGGAGGUGUCCAAUGGGAAGUGGCUACUGUACCUCGAAGAGAUACGAUUGGACGGAACGUCUGAGGCACGCUGUGAUCCGCCCGGAGACAUUGUCAACCCCCUAAACCUCGAGCUGGAGGAGGAGAGGAAGAGGAAGAGGAGGAGUCUGCAGGAUCAGAGAGGGAGAAGCCUCCAGGGAAACAGAAAGUCCUACUCUCUGGUACAAAUACCUGCAGUACUGCAGCCCCCCACAGGGGGCGCUACAAACCACUAAUCCU